CUGUAGAAGAGAGCGAAAAUGAAAGAAAAGAAGAAGAAAGGAAGGAUUUCAUCCUAUGUGAGCUUUCGAAGGCUGCUGGAUCCGUCGGUUGAAUGGUGGUAUUAGUGCGCAGGUGCCACGACGGAACAAUUUUGCACACCAAAUGGAAAAGCUUUCGCGUCGGCCAGGAUUUUCCUAGUAUUUUGGGCUGCAAGCUUUCGGUUUCAUCGGGGGUGGUUUUAGGAGAGGACGAGAGCGAAGGAGCGCGUGAGCAAUUCAGGACAACGUUUGUGUCAUAACGUGUGCAAUUGUGAUCGCGAAUUUAUUGUGUGAGAGCUUACAGUAGAAGGCGGAGAAUGCCAGAGACAGGGAGAAUUUUCAUUCACAGAGCUUUCGGAGCGACUUUUCCAAGUGUGUAGUUUUUUUUGUGUGUCCCACCCAAAAUAUUCUAGUCUGAGAUAGAAAUUCAGCCAGAUAUGGCUGUUAUUUUCGCUAGCGAAAUGAAAUUACAUAAAAUUCUGAACAGUUGAACCAAAUAGGGGCUGGAAUCCCUGCUGGAAAAGGGCCACGCUUGGCCGGAUUUGGAUUGCGUAUUAAGUUUGGUUUUGAUUGCAGGGAAAAGAUUUUUCCCUGCAAUUCAGAUUUUCAGAGCGGAUUAAUGCCCAAAGUGGUAAGGUGAAAAAUGUGACAAGUGAUGGUCUUCGAUGAAAACUAGGAUAACAGAAAAUGAAUUCGAUAAGCUGCAGUAGCGUAGGACGAUACGAAGGCAUUAAUAUACUAGCAAUGCGAAAAUUCGCUCGGUGAAAUGAACAAAUUACCGAAGAAAUUGGGGUGACCAAUAAAGCAAGCAACUUCAGUGUGUGUGGUGGCGAAGAGUCGAAGAAGAAGACGACGACGACGAAGAAGAAGAGAAGAAGAAAAAGUGCUUUAAAUAGAUGGUUGGAGGUUAGCGAACACCGAGAGGUUCGACCAGAAAUCGCCAGAGUGGACCCACAAGCGGAACGGCCAGGGGUGUAGCAAUUCUGAACAGCAUCCCUCCCCUGAUCCCGAGACUUGUGGGAAGAUGAGACGUACCGAAAGGAGCACAUAAAUUGACAACAGCAACAUCCAGCUUUUACCUCAAUUUUCCAACACAGAAAAAUACAGCAGCAGUAGCAGCAGCAAACAACAACAACAAAAACAACAACGCAACUGAAGCGAGAAUUGAGAUCACUGCUUUUUGCGAGAGCAGAAAGUAAACCUAUAACACACCAUCGGAGCAGUGGGAACCAUCCAUUUAGACGACGCAGUAACAAGAGGAAUACAGCAACGAAGACCUCUGCUGUUCUCAGCGUAGUAGAAGAUCCAAAAACCGAAACCGAUCCAUACGCUAGAGGGAAUCUAGACGCCCGGGAGUCAUCCGAACUGCAAAAAUGUCGCUGGAAAUCGAAGUGCCGCACGUCAGGUGCCCCUCGUUAGGUGUCCUCAUACUGACACUUAACCUGGCGCUGUUUUUGCCUCAGACUAUUAAUAGGACACCGCCAUAUGUGCUCGCAGGGACCGGUGGCGGCAGUAUGCUAGGGGAUGUAAAUAUUUCGGCCAUUCUAGAUUCGUUUAGCGUUGGCUAUGACAAAAGAGUAAGACCAAACUAUGGAGGACCGCCGGUUGAAGUGGGAGUCACCAUGUAUGUGCUGUCUAUCAGUUCGCUGUCUGAAGUUAAAAUGGAUUUCACAUUGGAUUUCUACUUUCGACAAUUUUGGUCUGAUCCACGUUUAGCUUACAGAAAAAGGCCGGGUGUAGAAACACUAUCAGUUGGAUCUGAGUUCAUUAAGAAUAUUUGGGUACCCGACACGUUUUUUGUAAAUGAGAAACAAUCAUACUUUCAUAUAGCGACCACUAGUAAUGAAUUUAUAAGAAUACAUCAUUCUGGAUCUAUAACUAGAAGUAUUCGAUUAACAAUCACAGCAUCAUGUCCAAUGAAUUUACAAUAUUUUCCAAUGGAUAGACAGUUAUGUCAUAUAGAAAUAGAAAGCUUCGGAUACACGAUGCGAGAUAUCCGAUAUAAAUGGAAUGAAGGCCCCAAUUCAGUCGGAGUCUCGAGUGAAGUAUCUUUGCCUCAGUUUAAGGUUUUGGGACACCGUCAGCGUGCUAUGGAAAUCAGUCUCACAACAGGAAAUUAUUCACGUUUAGCAUGUGAAAUACAGUUUGUACGUUCGAUGGGUUAUUAUCUCAUUCAGAUUUACAUACCAUCCGGAUUAAUUGUAAUCAUAUCGUGGGUAUCAUUUUGGCUAAAUAGAAAUGCUACACCAGCACGUGUUGCAUUAGGUGUAACCACUGUCUUGACAAUGACAACACUGAUGUCGUCAACGAAUGCUGCCUUACCGAAAAUAUCUUAUGUAAAAUCGAUUGACGUAUAUUUAGGCACAUGCUUCGUCAUGGUAUUUGCCAGUCUGCUGGAAUACGCCACCGUCGGUUAUAUGGCGAAGCGGAUACAGAUGCGCAAGCAGCGCUUCAUGGCAAUCCAGAAGAUCGCUGAACAGAAGAAGCAACAGGCGGCGGACGCCAAUCAUCCGCCUCCACCGCCACCUGUCAGCGAUCACAGCCAUGGCCACGGUCACGGACACAGCCAUGGCCACCAGCACACGCCGAAGCAGCAGAUGGGCAGCCGUAGCGGUACUAUGUCCAAUGUGCCCCCCCAUAAUAUCGCGGGAUCACGAGGUUGUUCUAUUGUAGGUCCACUGUUCCAAGAGGUCCGCUUUAAGGUGCACGACCCGAAGGCGCACUCGAAGGGCGGAACGCUGGAGAACACGAUCAACGGUGGACGGGGCGGGGGUGGCCCACCGGGUGGCGGCGGUGGACCACCUGGCGGAGGCGGCGGCGGGCCGGACGAGGAAUCGGGUGCACCGCAGCAUCUGAUACACCCGGGCAAGGAUAUCAACAAACUGUUAGGAAUUACGCCCUCGGACAUCGACAAGUACUCGCGUAUUGUCUUUCCGGUGUGCUUCGUAUGCUUCAACCUGAUGUACUGGAUCAUCUAUCUGCACGUGAGCGACGUCGUGGCCGAUGAUCUGGUCCUACUCGGCGAGGAGAAGUAAUGCGAUUUAGGGAAACAAACGAAAAAAAAAAACGAACAGGCAACAACCUAGAACAGACAUACGUUAGUCAGACAAGUAGGAAACCUAAACAAACACACACAUUCACAUGCAUGUGCGCGUGCUGCAGACAGACUGGCAAACAUACACAUCUACACUCGCGCUCGUUUAGGUCGUACAGUUAGUAGAGAUCGAGGUAUAUGUGUUUGUGUGUACGUGCUAGACAGCGCAGGACAGAGGACGCGGACAGGUAAGAGUCCUUGAGGAAUGCAAAUAUAACAACAAAAGUAUAAGAAAUUUUUAGGAUUUAUUUUUACCUAUUUACAGUUUCGGUUCUUUUUUAUACAUAUACAAGAGACAAAAAUGGAAUAAAAAAAAACUAGAUUUUAUCGUUAUUGAUGAUUAACAUUGUAGGAAAGGAGGUAACGCGAAAUAUUCCUAAUUGAAAAAAAACACACACAUACAAAAAGAGAAUGAAGUGUAUGAGCAGGAGUCAACUUAGAGUUAUACACGUGCGGCUACGUAUGUGUUAGAAAAAUUUAAAUUAAAUGCAGAAAAAAGACGCAAAGAACUAAAAAGCAAGGAGGAGAAUUUAUAACUAGCCUGUAAGCAGUGGAGAAAGCUAACUAAGAAAGCAAAAAAACGAUAAUUUCAGAAACAAAAAGAAAAUACUGGCGAAUUGAACGAGUCUAGGAACGAAUUAAAUUCUGAACUUAAAUAGCAGCAAAACAAGCAAGCAACAAACAAAAUAACUACACUAAACACAUUCUCACACCGAGCAUACCAGUUAAUGUAAAGUUGCGUAGGAAAUCAAAAUAAAAAAAGAAGUUUUUGAAUUGCAAAAACGUUUACCCAAAAUAUCGGAAGUUUAGAAUCCGAUCGGAGCAAAGAAGUUUGCCGCGAGUCAGAAUAUUUUAUAUAAGCAAACCCGUAGUAGCGUUUUUGGUUUUUCAAAACUACAAACUAAACAGAAGAAAACCUAAUUAAGUAUCCCAAACAGACUUAACCCGUGAGGAAGUUGGUGUAGCCCUUUAGGCGUUCUCUAUGGGAACGAAUCGAGGUGUGAGUAUAGAAUGAGGCAAAAUUUCAAUGAGAACGCGUGUGUGAGCUAUUGGAAUUCGAGCAGAUUCGCUUUUUAGUUUUCGCGUCAAAGUCACCCCUUUGGAGAAUGAAGCGCGCUCAAUGGCUACGAAGGCAGUCACACUCGGCUUUGCCGGUUAUUGCAUCCAAUAAGGGGAUAGACUUCUGUUCGGAGAGGUUUAUGACCAAUCGAAAUCCACAGACUCGCUGUGCCGGACUGAAAAUAGGUGAACCUUUUUCGGAGAAUUCGAUUAGCCUCCGGGGAGUCAGUAAAACGGUACCGAGGUUCGAGGCAAUGAUGGAGGUCAUAAACUGUGUCAGAAAUCAUCUUCGAGAUGAGGAGAGUGGUUGGUCGUGUCCGGAGGAAAGAGUCAGACGGAAAGGGUCGUGUUCAGUGGGAAUUCUAAUCAGGAAAACCCGGACCGAAAAAAUCCACUCAAUUUGAAACGACUCGUACCAGCAUGAGUGAUUUUGGUUGCACUCUUUGAAAAAACGGGAAAAUGUAAUCAAGGCAGACCUUUCUCACUCACCAAAGAAGGACGACUCCCGAAGGAUCCCACAACGGAACGACAACAGCCUGGCAGGGUGGCGAGAGGCCUUUGCCGUACGAAAUUGUGGUUGCCGUAAAAUUUGGGCCCCAAAUAGAAGGCGUGUAAGCAGAUUAAUCUCGACGCUGGAUGAUGCUCCCAUAGUAGUGAAGAUUCUAGGCUCCGAGGGCGGUGACGAAGGAGUAGAAUAAGUUAAUACGAUAUUAAUUAUUAAUUAUUAGAUUAAAAAUUAAUUCUCUAAAUGCUUCCAACGUAUUUGCCAAACAACUAGGACGGAACAGAUGCGACCGAAGGAAGUGACGGCAGAUUGCUGGUUUUAUGAAGUUUGCAACGAAUAUCGAUUUUUGAAUUUUACUGCUCGGUGUUUCGCUUGCAGUGAACCGCAAGCAUGGAUGAAUUUUGAACAGCUUUUGAGCUAGGUAGCAACAUUUGGGCCACUGCCUAUUUUCAAAUACUUCACUAGGUUUAAAUUGAUGUCGGCCUUCGUUGUCUGGAAUUGUAGAAAUUGGCAUAGAUUUUUUUUUUCUAACAUUAGUGUUUCUUAGUGGGAGACCACUAAGAAAGUGUGCACGUGCACGUGUAUUUCAUAACUAUUGGCUCCAUUUUGUAUGUUAGUUGUGAGACAUUAUUUCAAUAAUUUGGACAAAUGCCGUCUUUUCCUUCGGAAACAGCAAAACUGCACCCAUUGCAAAUCAUAAUUUCACGUUAUCUCAUAGGCUAAGUAUUUCGCUAUUGACAUCAAAUGAAACUGUCGCAAAAGUGUGUUCAUUCUCAUGUUUCCCAUGUCUUCGAUGAAUUCAUGAGUUGUAGAUCCAAAAA